CCUGCCCGCCCGCCGCCUGCCGCCCGCCUGCCGCCCGCCCGGCUCGCGGGGCCGCGCUGUCCGCCGCCUGGAAUCGCAGGAGCCAGAGAUGGAUUUGCGGGCAUGGAGAGCGUGAGGAAGGACCCAGUUCCUGCUGACAGAGAAGGCUGGCUGCUGACCCAGGGUGUGUCUCCAGGAGGCCGACCAGGCUGCCCAGUUCCCCACCUCGCCACCAUGGGCUGCCCAGGCUGGGCAGGAUGGCGCAGUGGUGAAAGCACAGACCUAGAGCCAGGUGGCCUGGCCUCAAACCCCCCGCCCUGCUACUUGCCGACCAGAGGACUCUGCAUGAGUUACCGAACUUCUCUGUGCCUUGGUGUCCUCACCAUGUAAAAGGAGGAUGGUUCCCGCCCCACAGGAUGGCUGUAUUUAAUGAGCUAAUAUGUUUGAAAUGCUGAGAAGGCCCCCUGACAUGUGCAUGGUGGCCAGUCAGUAUUCGCUGAGUGAAUGAAUAUAAUCCUUGCUCCAGUAUGACCAUCCUGCAGCUGGUUCAGACAGACGCAGGUCCCAUGUGUCCCAGGAUUCACCUGGUCCCACCACAAGCCUCUCCUGUUCCUCCCAGCCUCCUGCAAGGCACCCGGGAAUGUUCCUGCUGCCGGCCAGCCACAGCCUGGGCAUCAAGAGAGAGUGAGGGUCCGAGGGCAGCGGUGCUAGUCAGACCAGCUGAUUCCUGCUGGAGGCUCCUGACAUCUGGGGAGAUGACGUCUGCGCCCCCCGACUGCCUGCUGCGGCUGCUCCGGGGCACCCUGAGGCAGCGGGUCUGCACCCUGUUCAUCAUCGGCUUCAAGUUCACGUUCUUUGUCUCCAUCAUGGUCUACUGGCACGUCGUGGGAGAGCCCGGGGGCCGAGGACAGCUCUCUAACCUGCCUGUCGACGUCCCCUGCCCCCACGUGGUCCCCCCGACCCCCCUGCCCUCUGGCACCCCGCCUCCAGGCAACAUCUUCUUCCUGGAGACCUCCGACCGGACGAACCCCAACUUCCUGUUCAUGUGCUCUGUGGAGUCAGCCGCCAGGGCGCACCCCGAGUCCCCGGUGGUGGUCCUGAUGAAGGGACUGACUGGCGGAAAUGCCUCCCGCCCGCGGCACCUGGGCCUCUCGCUCCUGGGCUGCUUCCCCAACGUCCAGAUGCGCCCCCUGGACCUGGGGGAGCUCUUCCGGGACACGCCCCUGGCCGCCUGGUACGUGGCCGUGCAGCGGCGCUGGGAGCCCUAUCUGCUGCCCGUGCUCUCGGACGCCUCCAGGAUCGCGCUGCUGUGGAAGUUUGGCGGCAUCUACCUGGACACGGACUUCAUCGUCCUCAAGGACCUGAGGAACCUGACCAACGCGCUGGGCACCCAGUCCCGCUACGUCCUCAACGGCGCCUUCCUGGCCUUCGAGCGGCACCAUGAGUUCAUGGCGCAGUGCAUGCAUGACUUCGUGGCCCACUACAACGGCUGGAUCUGGGGCCACCAGGGCCCGCAGCUGCUCACGCGGGUCUUCAAGAAGUGGUGCUCCAUCCGCAGCCUGAGUGAGAGCCGCACCUGCCGCGGCGUCACCACCCUGCCCCCUGAGGCCUUCUACCCCAUCCCCUGGCAGAACUGGAAGAAGUACUUCGAAGACAUCACCCCGGAGGAGCUGACCCGGCUGCUCAAUGCCACCUUCGCGGUCCAUGUGUGGAACAAGAAGAGCCAGGGCACGCGCUUCGAGGCCACGUCCAGGGCCCUGCUGGCCCAGCUCCACGCCCGCUACUGCCCCACGACGCACGAGGCCAUGAAGAUGUACUUGUGAGGGGGCCUGCCGGCUCACCUCUCUGCACAUGGCAGAGAGGGGCUCUGGGUACCUGCCUUCCUGGGGGAGGUGAGAUGGGAGGGGUGGAGACGGGGAGGCUGGGUUGCUGCAGCCCCGGGAUCUGGGGCAGGUGG